AUGCCGCCAUCAUCACAAUCUACACUGGCACGGACACCUUGCUCUAACUGUCGCGGUGACAAACAGCAACCGACGUGCACACGAUGUAAAGACAAAGGCUUAGUCUGUAGACCAGUGCAGAAAAAGUCAGUCUUUCGCCAAGGGUCGACGGCUAGGCUUGAUGGGAAUUUCUCGAAGGAUCAAUCUUGGAUGAGCAGCCAGCCGAAGAAAUGGAAGCUAUUCUCAGGAGACUCUUCACUCCCAGAGUUCCUGGAUGUGGCUCAGAGUUCAACACCAUACCAGGAGCCUACAGAGCAAUGGGAAACGCCAACCUCCGGCAAAAAUGAUGGUCCUGUAUGUGCCCAACGUGAGGAUCAGACUUCCCCCUUUGAUCCUUCACGGAAUGGCUUUCGCACCUUCGUUUUGGAGGACACGACCAACGUCAACAGACUGUCUAAUGUUGCACGCGAGUGGGAAUCUGUGAACAACUCUGAACGCAAUUGCUUGAUCAAUGGAAUGCCACGGUCGAGGAUACCAGUUCAGACAGAUGACGCUUCAUCUACUCUUGAGCCCGGGCAGACCAGCGUGCAGGAGGCUUGUCUUCUACGCCAUUUCAUCGAGGAAAUAUCGCCAUGGUUCGAUCACUGCGACGACCGCCGACACUUUCAAUUAGUAGUACCGCGUCGAGCACAAUACUGCUCGAUCAUACGCAACGCUCUAUUCGCAGUGUCUGCUCGCCACCUAGCUCGCCUCCCGCAGUACGCAACACCCCAAGGAGUUUGCUAUCGUGGACAGCUUCUCCCGGUCCUGGAGAAAUGCACAGCCGUAGAAUACACGCUCAAAUGCAUUCCUGAGCUUCUCAGAUUCCCUGAAAUAACCGAUCCCACUGAACAAGAGAAUAUAAUGGUUGCCACAGUUAUCUUACGCCAAUACGAAGAGAUGGAAGAGGACAUAGAGGACAACAACGAUACGAUCGCAGACAUGUCGGCGCACGAUAGAGUCAACUUUCUAGCCAUCACGCAGAGGAUUAUCGAUGCCAUGAUCUCCCACCGGUUGGAGCAGUCUCUUGCCACUGCAGCUUAUUGGAUCGUUAUCCGACAGGAGGUAUACUACGCACUGACAAGACAACGGCCACCAAAGAUGCGAUUCACUCCAGAAGACUGGGGGAAGGCGUCUGCUGCAAACACUCUGGUAAUGCUCGCUAGUGAAGUGACGAAGUGGCGCUGGGGGGACGGUACGCGUGAGGAAUGGAACCGCCUCAUGCUGCGCCACAGAAAGCUCAAACACGACUACCGUUCCGAACUAGCACCGAUAUUCGAGAAGAAAGCAGAUAGGUCGCGUGGCGAACUAUUCCCUGCAAUAUGGUACAGCUCCGAUGAGCACGUGACUGCAGUGCAGCAUCUAGAGAUAGCCAAUAUGAUCCUAACCGCUCAGAAUCCAUACCUUUCAAACUCCACUCGAGCUGCGCAUCGCAAAGCGGAAGCAGAAGUCCGCUCCAUCGUGCUCAGGAUAUGCGGCAUCGCAGUAAACCACGCCCAUUGCCAUCCGGCUUUAGUCACUGCCGUGAUUUCUAUCAGUCUCUACGGGGAGUAUUUUACCGAGCCGGACGAGCGCGAGGCGCUGGUAGGUAUUAUCAACCAGACUCGUGAGUUGCAUUCGUGGCCGAUGCAGAAGUGCUAUGCGCGAUUGAGGCGUGGUUGGGAAGAGAUAGAUAAUUGCAGCCCUUGA